AUAAAAAUAAUUUAUAUUAUAUACUUUGAUUGAAUAAGAUUAAUAUUUUUUAGAACAAUCUUUUUAAUUUCUUCAACUGUUAUUCUAUAUAGAAUUAAUUAUAUAAGAAUAGAUUUACAUAUUAAACGUUUUAUAUUAUUAAUUAAUAUUUUUGUAAUAUCAAUAAUUUUAAUAAUUAUUAGACCAAAUAUAAUUAGAAUUUUAAUUGGAUGAGAUGGAUUAGGAUUAUCAUCUUAUUGCUUAGUAGCUUAUUAUUUAAAUAAAAAAAGAUUUAAUUCAAGUAUAAUUACAAUUUUAAUAAAUCGAAUUGGGGAUAUUAUAAUUUUAAUUUUAAUUAGACUAUUUAUAAAAUUUGGGUCUUGAAAUUUCUUAUUUAUAAAAAAAAUUAAUUUUACUUUUUUCAUUUUUAUUAUUUUAGCUGCUAUUACAAAAAGUGCUCAAAUCCCAUUUUCUUCAUGAUUACCAAUAGCUAUAGCUGCCCCUACCCCUAUCUCAUCACUAGUCCACUCAUCUACCUUAGUUACAGCAGGAGUUUAUUUAUUAAUUCGUUUUAAUUAUCUUAUAAAUAAUAAAAUUAUAUAUAUAAUAAUAAUUUUAUCAUGUUUAACUAUAUUUAUAGCAAAUUUUAAUGCUAAUAUAGAAUUUGAUCUUAAAAAAAUUAUUGCACUAUCAACAUUAAGUCAAUUAGGAUUAAUAAUUAUAACAAUUUCAAUAAAUUACCCUAAAUUAUCAUUCUUCCACUUAAUCACUCAUGCAAUAUUUAAAUCAUUAUUAUUUUUAUGUUCAGGAAUUAUAAUUCAUAAUUAUUUUAAUACCCAAGAUAUUCGUAUAAUAUCAUUUACACAAAUAAAUAUACCUUAUAUUAAUUUAAUUUUUAAUAUUUCAUCACUAUCUUUAUGUGGAAUACCUUUUAUAUCUGGAUUUUAUUCAAAAGAUUUAAUUAUUGAAACUUUUACAAUAAAUCAAUUUAAUUGAAUAAUUUUUUCUUUAAUAUUUAUUUCUAUAGGGCUUACAAUUUCUUACACUUCUCGA